GGCAGUAUUAUAUUCAAUUAAACAAACGAGGAAAUCCGAAAUAGACCAACUGGGGCUGUAUUUUUUUUUUUUCUUUUUUAAGGUUUAAAUUCGGUGUAGGUGUUGGGAUUUCGAGACCCAUUUGCUCUUCGGGUUUUGAUACUACUUUUCUCCCUCUCUUUCCUCUUUGAAGCAGUCGCCAGCUGAGCUUACAAGGGGGGCAAUGCGAUGAACGGCUCAAUCUUUGAGCUCUGCGGCGGAGGAAGAAACCCUUUUGCUUCCUUCCAUUUUCUGAAAUAACAAUGGUGGAGUUUAUCUGUUUCAUCAACAAGGAGACCCUCAUCAUAAAACCUCCUAGGAAAUCCCCAUUGUUAUUGAGGACGGUAGUUCUUUUGUUUGCAAUGGUUUGUGGGGUUUAUAUAUGCUCAAUCUGUCUAAGGCAGAUAAACACCCACACCACUAAAAUGCUAAACAUCCAAGUCUUUGCGAGGCCUUUUUGUCAUGGUCAUGGCAUCGAAGAGUCAGAAAUUCCCUUCGUGCAUUACCCGGAACCUAUAACUUUUCAGAGGGCAGAAUGUGCAUGUAAUCCUGUACGAUACUUUGCCAUCCUGUCAAUGCAGAGAUCAGGUAGUGGAUGGUUUGAAACACUACUAAAUAGUCAUGUCAAUGUAAGCUCCAAUGGGGAGAUAUUCUCUGUCAAAGACAGAAGAAAUAACAUUUCGAUGAUUGUGAAGACUCUAGAUAUGGUAUACAAUUUGGACUGGUUUAGUAGUGCUUCCAAGAACCAAUGUUCAGCUGCAGUUGGCUUCAAGUGGAUGCUUAAUCAGGGUUUGAUGGAGCACCAUGAAGAGAUAGUGGAAUAUUUCAACACUAGGGGCGUCUCUGUAGUGUUUCUGUUUCGGAAAAAUAUACUUCGUCGAAUGGUUUCAGUGCUUGCAAAUUCCUACGACCGGUAUGCUAAGCUAUUGAAUGGGACGCACAAGUCUCAUGUUCAUUCAUCAGAAGAGGCUGAUACUCUUUCUAAAUACAAGCCUACAAUCAAUUCAACAUCACUGGUGGCUGAUCUCAAAGAGGUGGAGGUGACCAUUGACAAGGUUAUAGAAUUCUUCAAUAGAACCCGGCAUAUCAUUGUCUAUUAUGAAGAUCUUGUAAAAAACCGCAGUAAACUGAUUGAUGUUCAAGACUUUCUGAGGCUGCCACUGAUGGACCUUUCGAGUCGACAGGUUAAAAUACAUAGAGGGCCUUUGUUGGAACAUAUUACGAACUGGGAUGAUGUGAACCAGACACUCAAGGGAACUGCGUACGAGGAUUUCCUCUCUGCUGACUAUUGACACUUUUCAGCUAACUCAUGGACGGUGUAGAUACCAACUUCACCUAAUUCUUUUAACAGAAGCUAACAGGACUGGGCCCUGUUUGGAAGUUUUGGGUAUGGUGUUGGCCUGCCUCUCCCUCACACAUCUGAAUUGCCCACUUCCUUGAGUGCCACAAUACAUGUUUCUUUUCUUCAAAUUUUUUUUUUUUUUUUUCCCUACUGAACUCAGAUGUCAUGUAUAUCGGUAGAUUUUGUGAAUGUAUCAAAGCAAAUGUCAAUGCAACUGACAACGGACCUUUUUGGCUCAUUGAUCAGCUAUUGUUGAUCUGCGCAACGAGUGAUUUAUUCAAUGCAAAUACCUUUGUAUUUUCACGUUCAACAAAGUCUCGCAACCAUGCCUAGAACGACCUUUUGUACAUUUCAUUUGGAAGCAGACGCAGAACAUAAAAGUCAAAUUCAGCAUUGUCUUGUUA